AUGACUGGCUCCAUUGCCGUAGAUUCCACCCUCGCCCACGCCCUCAUCCCAAAGGUUAUUAUUGCUGCAGUGACAGCUGGUGAUAUGCGGCUUGCAGACUCACAAGACGAUGGAAAAGAGCAUGGCAUCACGAUCAAAUCGACAGCCAUCUCCAUAUACUUCGAAAUGGAAAAGGAAGAUGUCGAAAUUAUUAAGCAGAAGACUGAAGGCAGUGUACAGACGGAGACGGCGCUUCAUCAAGCGCGUAUGGUGCAUAUCAAACCUGUCGUUAUCAUCAACAAGGUCGACCGCGCUUUACUUGGGCUCCAAAUUUCAGAAGAGGACUUGUACCGGUCGUACCAGCGUACCAGCGACUGCCCUUUUUCGCUGGUCGCUUCGGUGCGCAUAAAGACAAGCUUUUGGCUAGACUCUGGGGUGAUAAACUACUUCAACUCUGCCGCUCGCAAGUGGGGUACGAAGGCCUCCGAUGCCAAGAAUCUCGAUGUCAAACUGACGUUUGACCAGCAAGAUCUCGAAGGCAAUGCUCUCCUCAAGGUCGUCAUGCGCAAGUUCUUGCCCGCUGGCGACUCCCUCCUGGAGACGACAAUUAUCAACCUUUCUUCCCCCGCCUCUGCUCAACGCAGCUGCGUUAAGACGCUCUACGAAGGUCUCAGCGAUGAUGAGGACGCCUGCGGUCUUGCGUUCUCCGGUACCGUUCGUUCUGGUCCCGAGAUCCAUAUCCAGGGCCCCGACUACGAGCCUGGAAAUAAGGCUGACUUAUUCGUCAAGUCAGUCCAGUACACGGCGCUCAUGAUGGGUCAUUACAUGGAGUCUAUUCAAGAUCGCCCUACCGGUAACUUCUGCGGUCUCGUCAGUAUUGACCAGUUCUUGCUCAAAAGCGGAACUAUCAUCACCUCUGUGACUGCACAUGACGCGAGGGUCAUGAAGUUUUCCGCGUCUACUGCCGUGGAGGUUGCUGUUGAGCUCAGCGUCGAAGGUCUCAAGCAUCUAUCGAAGUCCGACCCAUUGUCCUCGUUCCGCUUCUCCGUUUCUUCCGGUUCCUUCGGAGAAGCCGGAGUUCCUCUCAAGAUCUCUGAAUGUAUCGUCGGUUUCGGCGGGACUGUCAAGGCUGAGUCCUCAAUCGUGGGGCCCUUGUCCAAGUCGCAGAACAAACGCAAUCAUCUCCACCCGGUCCCCACGGCUAUCGAGGCGCCUCCCAGGGACGCUACCUCAAUAAUCCCAACUGCCCAGGAUGCGACUCCAAGCGCGCAACUAAUAUUUCCUAAUGCUGCGCAAGUGGAGUUAAAUCCAUAUUGCGGGAUGUAA